AUGGGACACAUCUUUGAUGUACCUCACCUUGUUUCUCUUUCCCAUGGCGCCCCUUCCCACACAUCCCCAGCUACACUGGAGAAGCCCAUAUUGUCUCUACACCCACCUUGGACCACAAUCUUCAAGGGGGAGCGGGUAACCUUGCGAUGUGAUGGAUACCACCCUGUGCUCCUGGAGCUCCGGCCUAUCAACACUCUCUGGUAUUUGGGCCACCUACUUCUGCCCUCCCAUAAGAAGAGCAUCGAGGUACAGACACCAGGGGUAUAUCGGUGCCAGACACGGGGAGCACCUGUCAGUGACCCCAUUCAUCUCUCUGUAUCUAAUGACUGGCUGAUUCUGCAAGUGCCCUAUGCUGCGGUGUUCGAGGGCGAACCGCUGGUUAUGCGCUGCCGCGGCUGGUACGACAAGGUGGUCUACAAGCUUCACUACUACCACGACGACCAGGCUGUACGCUAUUUCCACUCUAGCACCAACUACACAGUGUUGCAGGCGCGUGCGAGCGACAGUGGGCGUUACCAGUGUUCUGGCACCAUGCGCAUCCCGGUAGAGAGCGCGCCCAUGUUCUCCGCCAAGGUGGCUGUGACGGUGCAAGAGCUGUUCCAGACGCCGGUGCUGAGGAUUAUGCGCCCUCAAGAGAUCCGCGGCUCAGCGCACCGCAGAGUGGUCCUGCGCUGCGAGACGCGCCUGCACCCACAGAAGCGCGACACGCCACUGCAGUUCGCCUUCUACAAGUACAGUCGCUCUGUUCGCCGCUUCGACUGGGGCUCUGAGUACAUGGUCCCAGAGCCCGAGGUCGAAGAGCUUGAAGCGUACUGGUGCGAGGCGGCUACCGCCACUCGCAGCGUCCGGAAACGAAGCCCGUGGCUGCAACUCCCAGGGCCCGGCUCCCCCCUGGAUCAGGCGUCCACCACCGCUCCAGCCCCACAAGCUGCAGCCUUCGCUCCAGGUAACAAGCCGUUCUCCUUCAGAAAGCCCCCAGUGUCCAGAUCGGUCCAGUCCGUCACCUCCGUCCCAAACGCCACCUUAGCUGGGCUGCAGUUCCCAGGAGGCAGCGCCCCCACUGUUGGGUCACCCGCCUGCACUCCGCCGACGCUCUUGGAACAAUCCGCUGGAGCUCUGAAACCCAAUGUAGACCUUUUGCUCCGAGAAAUGCAGCUGCUCAAAGGCCUUUUGAGCCGGGUGGUUCUGGAAUUGAAGGAGCCACAAGUCCUCCCAGAGUUCAAGGGAACACCCGAAACCCCCACUUCCCACUUUGCUUUGAGCCGGGGAACCCCCGAGACGACUCCAGUGGAGAGCUGAAUUAGGGAUACCUUCCUCUCUCCAGGUUCAUUUUCCCAGAUCUCUCCUACUUCCCCUAGCGCGCAGACCUCUCUGAACUAUCUCUGCGUCCCUUUGUUUUUUGUUUGUUUGUUUUUGUUUUGCUUUGUUUUGUUUUGCUGUGGUUUUAAAAGACGUCCGUAUAAAGUGUGGUGGUUGAUGAUUUCGACUUCACACAGCAGCUAGUAACCACAAGCAUUGUCUUUGAUGUGUUCCUUCUCACAGAAUUCCGUUUGGGAACAUGUUAUUUUACUUCAUUGUAGUUUCCUUUUGGAGUGAAUUUAGUCAUCCUUAGCUAAUUUUAAUUAAGUCUAACAUACGUAUUUCGGCACAAGUCAUUUUUUGGUAAUUAAAUUCAUUGAGGUCACUAAAAAACAUUAGAACAUUUUGGGAUUAAGAUGGAAUUAUUCAUAAUUAUUUUACUUCUCUGUUAAUAUUAAAGACUUUCAGCCUUAUUA